AGAGCGCCCUUCACGCAACACCUUUUCAUCUUACGGGAGUCUAUAUGCGCGGAUUAGGCUAAUAGUAGGCUUACUAUUCAUCUAAAAGUAGUGACUUAGAGAUGACAGACUUCCCCAAACAUAGCCUACAACUAGUCAGGAAAAGAUUGAGUGUUGUGUUGAGUGUUGUGAUAAACGGUGAUGAAUAAUGACAGCUUUGGCCAAAUAUUAAAGAGGCUUGUGCGCUUCCUACUGAAAUGUGCUGAAUAGGCCUACGGAGAAGGGGACGCGCGAUGCGUUAACGUAACAGGUGGCACAUCAUGGUUACAGUGGGGGUUUUUUUAGCAUUUGUGUCAGUGUCAGUUUUAUAGGAACGAGUUAGCAGCUAGCUACAUGUAGCAGUGGAGGAAUGCGCUCAGGUCGUCCCAAAGGAGAAACAGCAUCGAGAAAGACUUGAAAAGGAAGCUGCUAUUCAUGAACUUUCCACGUGAGCAAAGUGACUUUUUAACUACCAAAACGGCUCGAGUGAAGACAAGUGUCGAUUAAUGGACAGCAGGAUGUUUUCUGGUCAGGGUGGUUUGAAUUACAGCUUCAACAUGAGCGAUGACCGGGAGUUGGUGGACGCGCCGGCGGGCACGGGGAGGCUCUCCCCGACGGGAUUCGUAGUGCUGUCCGUGGUGCUGGGCUUCAUCAUGACUUUUGGCUUCCUAAACAACUUCAUUGUGCUGCUUUUGUUUUGCAAAUUCAAGAAGCUGCGAACAUCGGUGAACAUGCUGUUGCUGAACAUCAGUGUCAGUGACAUGCUGGUGUGCUUGUUCGGCACCACUCUCAGUUUCGCCUCCAGUAUUCGGGGGAAGUGGCUGCUGGGACGCAGCGGCUGCUGCUGGUACGGCUUCAUCAACUCCUGCUUUGGUAUUGUAUCGCUGAUCUCUCUGGUGAUCCUCUCCUAUGACCGCUACAGCACUCUGACUGAAUACAACAAGCGUGGGCCAGGCUAUCGCAAGGUUCUGCUGGCUGUCGGUGGCUCUUGGCUGUACUCCUUUUUCUGGACAGUGCCCCCUCUGCUGGGCUGGAGCAGCUAUGACACCGAGGGGGCAGGAACCAGCUGCUCUGUGUCCUGGAAAGUUCAGACGGCCCAGUCGCACGCUUACAUCAUCUGCCUCUUUAUUUUCUGCCUGGCUCUACCCAUCCUGGUGAUGAUCUACUGCUAUAGCAGGCUGUUAUGGGCAGUCAAACAGGUGGGUAAGAUCAGGAAGACUGCCUCUCGGAGGAGAGAGUACCACAUACUGUUUAUGGUUUUGACCACGGCAGCCUGCUACAUGUUGUGCUGGAUGCCUUAUGGAGUCGUGGCCCUGAUGGCAACAUUCGGCCCUCCCAACAUCAUUACUCCUGUGGCCAGCGUGGUGCCCUCACUACUGGCCAAGAGCAGCACUGUCAUCAACCCUCUCAUCUAUAUAUUCAUGAACAAACAGUUCUACAGGUGUUUACUGAUUCUGUUCCAAUGUGAUCACUGGUCAGCAGAGAACAGCAACAUCUCGAUGCCCUCCAAGACCACAGUGAUCCAGCUGAAGCGCAGAGUCUACAGCAACACGGUGGCCUGCACCGCCCACAUCUCCACUGAUGCCCUCAACCAGUGUGGCAGCACCUCGGCCACCAAGCACACAAACCCCCCGGAGUUCACAACCUGAGCCUGAAUAUUCCUUAACAAUGAGGCAUUAACUCAGCUCGACAGCCACACUUACGUGAACUGAAUCAUGAUGCAUUUAGAAAGUAAAUGUACUUUAUGUGUGAGCUUGUGUUUGUCCUAGAGUUAGUGACUACUUUGUUAUGUACUAGACACAAAAGUACUAAAUGUCUGGAGACACUAUAUGGUCAAAGUUAUGCAGACACCUGACUAUUAAACCUACAGUAUUGUUUGUGAUUGUUGAACAUCUCAUUCCUAAACCAAGAACACGGUAUGCUGCUAUAACAGCCUCCAGUUUUCCGAGAAAGCUUUCCACAAGAUUUUGCACCAAUUUAGCCACAAUGUAAAGGUCAGGCACUGAUGUUGGGUGAUACAGCCUGGCUCGUAGUCAAAGAAAAGGUGUUUGAAGGGUUUAGGUCAUUUCUUUAUGGUUCUUGCUUUGUGCACAGUGGAAUUGUAAUGUUGAAACAGUUAAUGUUGUUAAUGUUAUGUGUAAUGGGAGUUCCCUUAAUUGGAACUAAAGACAAAAACAA